AAGCUGAGAGCGCCAGGCCUGGACGACGAAGAUCCCAGACCGUCGGCGUUUGACUGGUCCGAGGCUGACCUGGAUCGUCAGUAUCACUUGAAGGAACGGCGAGACUUCUUGCGUCAAGAUCCCGUCAUGGUGAUCUUGCGGCCAGAGCAGAUCGACGACCCGAAGGGCCCGAUAUCGCCCCCCCGAGUGACGGACAACAAGCUGAUGGCGGUGAAGAACCUGCUCGGACUGUUGAAGGAAGCCGGCUUCGUGGCUGGCGCCUUUGAAGCGAAUGAUCUUUUCAAUCAGGAUCUCGAUGUGAUCCAGACAGCGAUCCAGACAUUGGUCGACAAGUUGAGACCUUUGGUCGACGUGAUCGCGGACAGUCCGGACCCGAAGGUGCCAGAUCUAGUGUCGCCAGCUCCCGCGUCGUCGCCGCGGAUGGAGUCCACGGGGUACCGAUCGUCGUCUCCUUAUGUCUCCGCAGCAGAACACGUAUCGGAUACGUCGUCUGAACCUCAACGGAUGUCCCUCGGCCCUUCAGGAUCUGCGAUGUUGGACGCACGAUCACGGAGUCAACAUCAGGAACGCAUGCGAUCAGGACCUCGGAAGCAGAAACCCAAGUCGACCGAUCGGUCCACCAGUGCUACCGGAUCAGAUGAGUCGAAUGGCAAACUGGAGUCUUACUUUCAGGCUGCGAUGGCUCGAAUUCUGAAGGAACAACAGACCACGGUGGUAACACCUACUCCAGUGGUCGACGACCACGUUGGAUCGCGGGACGUGUAG